UUCCAAAAGCUUUGUUUUAUCCGGAAGCAGCAACAUUUAUGAUUUCGGAUAUUUAGCCGCCCGAAUCGUAUACCCGUUACUGGGCCAAACAAUAGGACACGGACAGUUAAUAUGCGAGUCAAGUUUGUGAGAUUCUGGUGCAUGUAUUUAUUUCUACACCUGAUAGACAAUGUGUCUCUGCAGGACUCUGUUUCAGUCGAGGGUGUUGUUGGAGGCUCUGUCAUCUUGCCAUGUUCAUACAAAGAAAGAAAGCUAAACACAGAGGAGAUUAAUGUGUUUUGGAGAUACAAACGAAAAAAUAUUUUUAACUAUGUUAAAGUUUAUGAUAUUGAAAAGGGCAAGCCCUUAACAGAAAAGCAGGAUGCAAUGUUUAAAGGUCGAAUUGAAGGGCCCUCAGAGGAUGCAGAUGGAAACUUCUCUCUCAAACUCUCCGAUCUGAGACUCACUGAUGAAGGACAGUUCUUAUGUGAUAUUCCAGAUGUGGACAAGGAACACAAACUAACGCUGCUAGUCAGUGCAAUGACAACAACAGUGUCUACUCCAAAUUCAACAGUGAAUGGAAGAAGCUGUUCCAUGAGAGCACAGCCAGAAGGGGUUGUAACUUUCCUGUUGCUGUUUUGGAGUGUUGUGUUUUGCACUUUAUCUGAGUGAUUUGCUAGACUGCUGUAUUGCCUUUCUUUAAUGUAUAGCUACAAUUGUCUGUUCCUGGACCCCAAAUGUUCUGACUGCUGUAUGAAACUGGCCAAAAUGAUUAUUGCAUAUAGAUGUUUGAUAUUACUUUUAUUUAUUUGAAGUUCAAACCCAGUAUGGAUGCUGUUAGCAGGUCAUUCUUGACUUUAUUGGUAAGGUCUGUAACAUGGGGAAAUGAAGCACACUCCACUGAGAGUGCACACAAGGGCAGUUAAGGUAGUUAGAAGGGACUUAACAUAUUUGCUAGCUACACAAUUUUUAAAUUUCUGUUAAUGUUUUUAGGUCAUCAGUAUAACAUUAUUUUCACACAUAAGUCAGAUAGCUUUAGGAAUCUGACAGGUAAGUUAAGGUGCAAAAUGCAUGAUAUGUGUUGUUACUAUGUUGAUAGCUGUCAAGCUUUGUCCAGGUAUUAUUUUUUUCAACAUUAUUUUCUGCUAUGUUUGUUUUUGUUACAGCCUGAUUAACUAUAAAAAGAACAGCGGCAUAAAUAUACGCAGUACUAUAAGUAUUGUUAUGUUAACUUGCUGGCUAUGUCCUUCAUUUGCAAGCUUGCUUGAAUAAAGAUGCCUGCUAAAUGAAUAAAUGUAUAUUUACAGUUUUCAAAA